AUGGCUGACGGCAAUAACACUAACCCACCAUCACCUGUCCUACCUGCCGGUGACGUUCCAAGAACAUCCACUGCAGCAACUAUCACUCCAAGGCAACAGUCAGAAGCAAUAACUGUACCAGACCUAACUGAGACUCCUGCAGAAAGAGUGGCGAGGCUGGCUAGAAAAGAAGCAGGAACGUCUAAUGAAGCAGACGCCACAGCGGAGAGACUUGAAGCUGAAAGAGAUGAAGCGCAACGUAAGAAAGAUGCCUUUGUUGACUACUAUUCAAACUGGAGUUUCGCAACCAGGGCUUCUGGAUCUCUUGUGAAUGAGCAUACUAUAAUGGCUACUCACAGUGAUAUCGCAAGGGAUAACCCUCGUUUACCCUUCUAUGUGAACGAUACAACUGUCAAUCUCAUGGAUGCUCCAACUGCAGUCAUAGAUCUUUGUAACUUGCUUAACAGAAGCGAAGAUGCCUAUAGUCAUGAAGCUGCAUCUAUGGGGAGGGUGACCGAGAGAGAAUACUUGUUGCUUCCCGCGGGAUUGCCAAUACCUCAUGUCCCCAUCAACGAAGUAGGCACUCCAGAAGCUGUUAAGAGGUUCGACACAACGUGGUUGAUGGCUGUCUAUGCACUUAACAAGUCUCUCUGCAAUGACACUGCUAAUGGGAAUGAUAUUAAGUUUGGAUUAGCGAGGAUGCAAGCUGUUAAACUAGGCUGGUAUGAUGGUCUUCAACCUCAAGUCAAAAUGGUCACUGUCCCUGCUAAUCUUCUCAAGAUCAUGACCGAUGAUAAAGCAACUAUCAGCUCACUUGAAUCAAGCUACGGAUGCAGCAUGGAUGGUGCCAUUGGCCUGCGAGUAUAUGUUCCGUACCAAGGGACAUCGUUUCAUCACUGGACAGCAAGCAGAGUAUGA